AUGAAGGACCCAUUUUGCUCUCAGAAAGAUGACCAACGACCUCACCCAGCCUCGACUCCGGCACCACUGUCGGCCAUCCAUGAGAAAACCAAGAACUAUCAAUCAAGGAGAGUUUCAGAAGCGGAAGUUACGUCAUGGGGCGCGGUGCCUGGCCAAAAGGUUCCUAUCAUUGCCCUCCAACCACCUUCUACUCGGGAGAGCCAAACUUCAAACACACCCGCCUCUAGAGUCUACCCAAAACGAGGCUACAUCAUGGACGAGCUGCACCUCCAGCGCGGGAUGAGCGAUCAAGGCAAUCAUCAAAAAGUUGACGUUUCGCAUCCCGACGGUGGACAACUGAUCACCUACUACCGAGUGGGUGACCGCGACAAUGGCAGUAUUGAUCUUCUGGUUCCUUUCGACGAAGUCCUCCGGUACGUCUCGGCCAGGGAGCGUGAGGAAUGGGAGGGCGGGCCGGAAAGAGCAGAUACUGCCGGCCGGAUCAUGAAGAAACACAACAGGCAGCGUGAGAGGGUACUGGAAGCCGCUGAGCAGCGUCCAAGAAAUGUGUUCUUGGAACCGACGAAGACGUCAGAUGUUAUGGGGAGAUCAGUAACUAGAUUACUGGCCAGAACCUUGCGUUAG